CCCUGGGCUGAUCACCAUGACAACACUACGCCUCUUAUAUAACAGCCCGCACCGCAGACAUUCACCAUACAGGCGUUCUCACUCCAUCAUUCGAGCUCGACGACCGACAUCAGCUUCGAGACGGCGACGGGCGAGCUUGUACUAAGUCCGCCAGCCAUGGCCGAGCUACCUCCGGGGUACCGCUUCUACCCUACGGAGGAGGAGCUGGUGCGCUUCUACCUCCGGCACAAGCUCGACGGCAGCCGCCGCGAUGACAUCGAGCGUGUCAUCCCCGUCGCCGACGUCUGCUCCGUCGACCCCUGGCAGCUCCCAGAGGCGCACCCAGCCGCGUUCGGCGGGGAUGGGGAGCCGUGGUUCUACUUCUGCGCGCGGCAGGACCGGGAGGCGCGUGGAGGGCGGCCUAGCCGCACGACGCCGUCGGGGUACUGGAAGGCAGCGGGCACGCCGGGCCUGGUCUACUCGGCCGACGGCCGCCCCGUUGGGACCAAGAAGACCAUGGUGUUCUACUGCGGCCGCGCGCCGGCGGGGGCCAAGACCGAUUGGAAGAUGAACGAGUACAGGGCUUUCGACGACGACGAUGCCGAUGUCGUCGCUCCGGCACCAAACCCUUUUCUCCAGGCCCGGAGCGAGUUCAGCUUGUGUCGGUUGUACACGAGAUUAGACAACUUGCGGCAGUUCGACCGGCGGCCGUGCACUGCCGCCCGAUGCAGCGCCUUUCAGGACCUGGCAUCGUCGUCCGCCGCGGCUGCUUUGGCGAAUGAGGACGACGAAGCCGGAAGGGGUCAGAAGAGGAAAAGGCAUGCAGCGACCGACGGCACAUCGUCAAGCGAUGACGCCGACCGCCCCAUGCAGCAUCAGCAUCAGCACCAGCAGCAUCAGGAGCAGGAAGACGCCGACGAGGAGCUCCUCGGCGACAUGGCCGACUGGGCAGAGUUCUUGGACUGGAUCUGAUACAUGCUUGGAUGCGAAGUUCUUAAUGAAGCACAAAAUUUCAUUCAUUAAAAUUCUUUCAGAAAAAUACUACUAAUACGCAAUUUUCUGCACUACUGAAGAUUUAGAUAAGCUAAUUAAUUCUUGUAUUCUUUUGAAACCACUGGAGUAUUUUGCUUUCAUUGGAACAGCAAUGACAUUGAUCAUGUACCUCUUCCCCUGUGGAACAAUGCAAAUCGCUAUCAUCAUCAAAGAAAAACUUGC